GCAAAUACGUGUUUACCGAAGAAAUCCUUGCAGUUUAUUUUUUAUAUGUUUCUGGUUGCAGAUUCUUCUAUAUUACGUUGCACUUUUGCGAGUCGGUUUGUAGAUCACGAACGUCAAUUUAUUUCGAUUUUAUAUUUGAAUCGCCUUAUAAAAUGGUAUUUGCGGCAUUUCGAUCUUCUCUAGUGAUGUUCGCUUUCAUUUACGUGAAAUGCAGUUCUGAUAGUGACAGUAAAAUAUUGAAAUUUAUAAACGACCACAACGCGGACGGCUAUAAUUUCGAGUUUCAAACAAGCAACGAUAUUACAAGAAAAGAAACAGGCAAAAUAAAAUUGUUGGGUCGAGAUCAGCCUGUCGUGAACGUGGAAGGUGAAUAUUCAUUUAACCUCCCCAACGGUGUCCCAUUAUUUGUUUCGUAUGUGGCCGAUGAAAACGGAUACCGUCCAAAAGUUGAAUUCGGGGCAGUAAAGAAGUCUUCCGUUACCAUCGGCACGAGAUUCAAGGUCGACGAUACGAAACGCAUAAGUUCUGCUGCUCUAGCAUCGCUAGCAGGAGGCGGUUUAGGUAAAUGACUUGAUACGAGAAUAUAUCACGUGUAAUGUUAUUUUUGUAUUAAUAAAAUGUCAAUUACAUCACGAAUUAUGUCUUAAUGUGUUAUUCUGAUUGAUGUAUACCGAUUUAUAUUAAAUGAAUAUAAAAUUGGUGUCUCUUUUGUUACAUA